AUGUCGAGUGGCCAGCAUGAAGUUAAUCUCGAUGAGCUGCCAGCCGGUUACUAUCACAGCAAAAACUUCAUCGGGUCCCUAGCUGGUGUUUGCUUGAUGGCUAUCAGUUUGUACCUGGGUUACACCUUGCCGGUGAACAGUUUGACUGCUAUCAAUGCAGACCUUGGGCCAGACCCAAGCUAUAGUAUGAUCACAACGAUGUUCACACUAAUUUCAGGUGUCGCUGUGCUUCUGGUCGGGCGAUUUGGUGACAUCUUCGGACGACGAUAUUUCUUAAUUGGAGGGCAAUCUCUCGGCCUGCUUGGUGCUAUUGUCUGCGCGACUGCAAAGAACAUCCCUACCGUUAUCGGAGGAAGUGCGCUUUGCGGUCUUGCAGCUUCUGUGCAAUUAACCUUCUCGUUCGUGAUCGCGGAAUUAGUACCGAACCGAUUGCGCCCCCUCGUCAACGCCGGUAUCUUCAUAACCACUUUGCCUUUUGCUGGAUUCGGGUCUUUGAUCGCGAAGCUGUUCAUUGCGAAUACCUCUCAAUCAUGGCGUUGGAACUACUAUUUGAGCAUCAUCACUUGUGGUUUAUCGGUUAUUCUGUUUGCUUUUUGCUACUUUCCUCCCGGCUGGGAAUUGAAACAUAAGGGUCAAAAUAGACUCCAGGCUGUGAAGGACUUUGAUUAUAUUGGCUUUUUCCUCUACGCUGGAGGUCUUGUCUUGGUACUUCUUGGACUUUCUUGGGGAGGCACCUCCUAUGCUUGGAGCUCAGCGCAUGUCGUUGCUGUUCUUGUUGUUGGAUUUGUUUCACUAACCGCAUUUACUCUAUACGAAAUCUUUGUUCCUCUAAGGCAACCGGUGCUUCCUAUGUCACUUCUGAAGAAUCGCGGGUAUAGUGCGACCGUUGGUUCCGCAUUGGUUGGAAACAUGGUAUUCUUCGCUCUCAGUCUUUUGUGGCCGCAGGAGAUUGAGGCUUUGUUCACGACUGACAAUAUUAAGUCUGGUUGGUUGUCGAUCACUACUGGAGCCGGAGUCAUCGUUGGUGAGGUUGUUGCUGGAGCUUUGAUGAAGCCAAUUGGACACUCUAAGUAUCAACUUAUUGCAUCAACCGUCAUCAUCACAGCCUUCUCUGGUGCACUGGCCGCAGUGAAUCAGAAUACACAGGCAUAUGGAAUUGCUUUCACGGCCAUUGGGGGAUUUGCUGUCGGCUACCUUGAGCUCAUCACCCUGAUCAUGUGUCCACUCUACUGCAAGCCCGAGGAUAUCGGCCUAGCAAGUGGCUUUCUGGGCUCAGCAAAGCAAGUUGCCGGAACAAUUGCCACCGCCAUCUACGUUGCCAUCCUCGAUAGUCGCAUUGCCAAGAACCUCCCUGACGACGUGUCCGCUGCUGCGUUGGACGCAGGCUUGCCGAAGUCUUCACUUGCCCAGUUAUUGACGGCUGUCUCUACAGGAAGUGCUACUGCUACAGAAGCUGUUCCAGGAAUUACAGAGAACAUCAUCCUUGUUGUCACCAACGCUACGAAAACAGCCUACUCCCAAGCAUUUCGCACGGUUUUCCUUGCGAGUAUUGCGUUUGGCGGUGCCGCCAUUGUCGCUGCACUUUUGUCCGUCCCAAUGGACGAUAAGCUUAACAAUGCUGUUGCGGCAAAGCUGUCUGGCACGGAAGCCAGUCAGGAAGAGCUAAUUCACAAUGAAAAGGAGGGAAACUGA